AUGAUCGACUCAACACUCUCAUCGCGCCGUCAUUCCACGCUUGGAUCUACGAGCCCGACCGCUCGCCGCACUGCCACGGCUGUAGACGCAAUCGCCGAAACCGUCGCGGUGCUGCUGCAGUGCCCUCUUCCCGAUCGUGUUUACCUCAAGACCGAGGCUCAUCUCCUCUGUCCCUCAGACGUCUCCCUCAACAACUUCCUCUGGGACCCCGUGACCGAACGGGUCUGGAUGAUAGACUGCCAACACGUGAACGUCCUUCCACAGUCCUUUGCCAGCUUCUACUUCCACCAUACCACUGAUCCGUUCGUGAAGGCAGUCGCCGAGAGGAUCAACCUUCCGGUCUCCUCGCAGCUCGCUCUCGUCGAGUCAGCGGCCUCGUUCUGCAGAGCGGCAAUUCAUCCUUUGGUCUCGAUGAGUAUGGCAACGUCAAGCUACCCCGGCGAGACGUCUGUGUCGCGUGAUUGCACCAGGUGA